AUGCCUCGGGCUUUCUUAGUGAAAAAAUCCCGUGUGUCUGUGGGCAAGAGGAACUGGAGUGAAUUGCCUGAUGAAGAGAGAGGAGAGAUCUAUGUACCAGUCUGCCUGGGGGGCUGUGCCCUGGGCAAGGACUUGGAGCCCUCGGUGGCUGAAGCCCCCUCGUAUCCGAUGCCCCUGGACCUGACCCUGCGAGAUCCAAGCUACACGGCUGCCCAGCUCCCCGGGGAGGGGCCCCCAGCUGGGGAGCACAAUGGGUUCCUGCGGCCCAAAAUGAAGGUGACGCUGGGCGAGGGGCCGGGCGAGCUGUUCUCCUGCCCCGUGUGCCAGAAGGGCUUCAGCUACCAGCGCAUGCUCAACCGGCACCUCAAGUGCCACAGCGAGGUCAAGCGUCACCUCUGCCCCUACUGCGGGAAGGGCUUCAACGACACCUUCGACCUCAAACGCCACGUCCGCACCCACACCGGCGUGCGGCCAUACAAGUGCAACCUGUGCGACAAGGCCUUCACGCAGCGCUGCUCCCUGGAGUCGCACCUGAAGAAGAUCCAUGGGGUGCAGCAGCGCUACGCCUACAAGGAGCGGCGGGCCAAGCUCUACGUGUGCGAGGAGUGCGGCUGCACGGCCGACAGCCAGGAGGGCCACCUGCUCCAUCUGCGGGAGCAGCACCCUGACAGCCCCCUGCUGCUCAAGGCCUCGCGCAAGACGGCCGCCUCCCUGCACAGUGCCCUCCCCACCCUGCUGCAGAGCAGCCCGUGCCUGUGA